AACGAGUCAGCGAGAUUCCAGUUAGGAUAAACUAGGACAGGACAAUUUAAGCAAGAUGGCGCUUCCCCUGUCGCCAGCUAAAGUGACGCUCCGAUAAUGCAAUGAGUAUUGAAUAUCUCCUAGGGAAUAUAGCGAGGAUUCUGGAUAACUCUGUGCAGCCUAAUCAAUCAUGUGGCAUUGAUCUACUCUAAAGACAGAGGAAGAACAUAACUUGACUUGGAGAGUAAGAUUGCCACUGGACGAAUGUCAAGGUGUUUGUACAGUCAGAGACAAAACCGAAAACGAUGUAGCCUAAAUAACGGAAUCACGUCGACAAAGCAGCGCGAUAAAGCAGCGGGGUUCUGUAUUCUGGCUCAUCAUCAUCAAACUGGUUGGAUGACGGAGAAGAAAAGCGUGGGACGGGAGAUGCCUAUCUGUCGUUUUUAAUCCUCCGUCAGUCAAGUGAAUGCCUGCGGUAUCAAAUUCAAAAACAAAUACCGACGGGAAUGUUUGUCAACAUAUGUCUAUUGAUCCGAUGUGAAGGAUGCGCGCACUGCGUCUCAAGGGUGUCAAUGAGAAAUAACCUAAAAUGCAGCGUUUAAUUUGACUGGCGUACAAUCCUUCGGCUAAAUGUGCUUCAGUCAACAUCUGAUCUAUUUCCAUGUUGUAUUUUGAUAAACCCUGUCUGCUGUCGUCUCAAGACUGAAGAGGGGGGAGGAUGUCCGUGGCUCUCUCCGUGACGGUUAUGUCUUCAGCGUUCUUUAAUCCCAGUUUUGCCUUCAGUUCCCAUUUUGACUCAGAUGGCGCUCCACUGAGUGAGCUGUCGUGGCCGUCGUCUCUGGCAGUGGUGGCUGUUUCCUUCUCUGGGCUCUUCACCUUCGUCUUCCUCAUGCUGGCCUGCCUCUGCUGUAAGAAGGGACACAUCGGGUUCAAAGAGUUUGAGAACACAGAGGGAGAGGAGUACCAGGCUGACCUGGCCUCGUCUCAGAAUGGACCUGAAGUCUACAUCCUCCCCCUCACUGAGGUCUCCCUUCCCGUUUCCAAACAGCCCGGACGAUCCAUCCAGCUGUUGAAAUCGUCAGAGUUGGGUCGCCACAGUCUACUCUAUGUGAAGGAGAUAGGACAUGGUUGGUUUGGCAAGGUUCUCUUGGGGGAGGUGAAUGCAGGUCUCAGCACCACCCAGGUGGUGGUCAAGGAGCUGAAGGCCAGUGCCAGUGUCCAGGACCAGAUGCACUUCCUGGAAGAGGCACAGCCAUACCGUGCCCUCCAGAACCCAGCCCUCCUGCAGUGCCUGGCACAGUGCUCAGAGGUUACACCCUAUCUACUGGUCAUGGAGUUCUGUCCUCUGGGCGACCUGAAGAGUUACCUGCGCAGCUGUCGGGCGGCUGACUCCGUGACCCCUGAUCCCCUGACCCUCCAGCGAAUGGCGUGUGAGAUCGCCUCGGGCCUGCUGCACCUGCACAAACACAACUUCAUUCACAGUGACCUGGCCUUAAGGAACUGCCUUCUGACCUCGGAGAGGACAGUAAAGAUAGGAGACUAUGGCCUCUCACACAGCAGAUACAAGGAUGACUACUUUGUGACUCCAGACCAGAUCUGGGUGCCGCUGCGUUGGAUCGCCCCAGAGCUCAUAGACGAGGUGCAUGGUAACCUACUAGUGGUGGACCAGACUAAGGACAGCAACGUCUGGUCUCUGGGAGUGACUAUCUGGGAGUUGUUUGAGUUGGGGAACCAGCCGUACAGACACUACACUGACAGACAGGUCCUGACCUACGCUGUGAAGGAACAGCAGCUCAAACUAACCAGGCCCCGGCUCAAAGUACCCCUGGCUGAGCGCUGGUAUGAAGUGAUGCAGUUCUGCUGGCUGCAGCCAGAGCAGAGACCCAACAGUGAGGAGGUACACCUCCUCCUCACCUACCUGUGUGCCAAGGGGGCCAGUGGAGUCCAGGAGGACUUUGAACAGCGCUGGAACUCCCUGAGACCCAACCUGACUGGCAGCACCACCCACAGCCACACCGCCCCAGCCCCUCCACCACUAGCCCAGACUACUGUCCCUGCCCCAGCCCGACCAUCUAUCCCUGGGGACGUGGAGUUGGAGCCGGCCUCCACCUCCCGCAACUCCUUCCCCCUCCUAGAACACUUCUCCCAAGACAGCUUCCACUCAGACAGCGGUGACGACAUCCUGACCGUGACAGAGACCAGCUAUGGUGGGCUCAACUUUGAGUACAAGUGGGAGCAGGCGAGAGCCGAGCAGCCAUACUGUUCCUCAUCCACCAGCGGGCCUCUGGGCCAGGGCAACCCUCACUACCAGGACGUAUACUACCCCGUCGGGAACACCUCCACCUCGGGCAGCUGUAAAGGGGACGGAGGGGGUGGAGGGCUUGUUCUGGGGGUCUCCCCAUCCUACUACGAGUCCGACCACUCCGGAUCGGGGUCAGGGUCGGGGGUAGGGGUGGUGCCGGUGUUGAGCGCUCACAGCCCUUCGGUCGGCAGUGAGUACUACAUCCGUAUUGAGGAGCCGGUGGAGUGUAAUAUCAACCUGGAUGAUAGUGUGGUUGACUACAGCCCUGGGUUGGAGGCUGAGGAUGGCAGCCUCUCCUCAGGGAGCAGAACCCCACAGCCCCAGUCCCAGUCCCAGUCCCAGUCCCAGUCCCAGUCCCAGUCCCAGUCCCAGUCCCAGCCCAGUGCCUACUGGUCAGCAGCAGCAGGCGACAGCAGUGGGGGUAAACACAGUACCCAUGACUCUGACAAUAGCCCGGCCUUGUCCCUGACCAUGGAGCCUCUCAUGAGACAGACAGCCAGCACAGCCAGUCCCGUGGAGCUGGGGCGGUCCCACCAGUACUUCUCACCCAAUCAGAGACAGGCUUUCUACUGUGAACAGUCGCCCAUUCGAGAGACGUGUUGCCAAUCACCAGAGGACACGCCCAUAAUGUCCCAGCUGAACCUGCAUCAUCCAAUGGGGAGGCUGGAAACCCCUCUGGGGGUGGGGUCCUCCCACUCCCAGUGCCUGAGUAGCCCUAGUCUGGGACACUGUGACCCCUACCUCGAGGCUAGCCAAGGCUUCUCCACCACAUCCAGGAGGACGGUUAGUGAAGGCUACUAUGACAUGAUGGGUCCCCUCAGAAAGACUCUACCCAUGGCUAACCAUAUUAGCAUCGACGUGGAGACGGGGGACGGGGGACUUUUGGUGGGGGGCAGGAGGAGAGGAGAAAGUGACACUGGGGACAUCGACGAUGGUGAUCUCUUCUCUGAGAGAGAAGCCACCAACUGGACCUCCAACCACUCGGCCAAUAACAACAGCAUGACUUUUGACCUUAGGCAGACGGGCCAAUCACAGGACAGCUAUCUGGACCUCCAUUACACCAACACCACGACACACUCCUCUACUGUAACAGGCUCGUGUAACAGUAGCAACAUGUGCCAGCAGCACAGCUCCAGAGCAUUCAGCUAUAUGGAGGCCACAGGGAGAGAGAGCGCUGUCUGCUCUUCCUCUAGCAGACCCAGUGAGGGUAGUAGUGCUACUACAUAUGGUCACCUGUGUCACGGAGCUAGAGAUAAACCUGUGUGUCUCUCAGACCACUCUACCCUAGAUCAUCUCAGAGGUGUUGCUGUUGACUCUCUCUCCAGCUCUUCUGUUGCUGUCAAGUGUGUUAACCUCAAAGGUGGUGUAAAGGACGGCGUCCCCACCACCAAAACUACAACUACGGUGUCUGUAGAGGGUCACAGUAAAAACCCAUCUCUGAUUACAGGAGAGAGGCAAUUCUCCCAUCCCAAGAUGAUCCCAGGACCAGGCUGUAUCCAAUCUCCGUCCACAUACAUGGAGCUUGACACUCGCACAGGCCUCAGCACUAAGGCAGUCCUGACAGAGAAGCAGGGGGGUAAUGUCUGGGAGAUACCUUCACAUGUUAAAGACAGAGGUCCAGUGGAGGUGAUGUCUGGUGGUGUGGGGGAGAGGAGGCUGGGGAUGGGGUUGGCCCACCCUCAAGGGGUACUGCUGGAGCCGGUCGGGUCCUUGUUUGAGGCUAGCAGAGGGCUGGACAGUGGGUUGGAGAUGGCCGGUCAUUCCAGCAUCAGCCUAGUGGACAUCAGCAACUGUAGCUACGACGAUGAGGACGAUGACAUAACGGAUAUCACUUCUGGAAUUUUGGCCGACUACUCCCUGGACUAUGCUGACGAGGUCGGAGACGAUCUAAGCCCCGCCCACCACCCCCACGGACGCUCCCUGCAGAACCCGGUGGGAACCCCUGACUCCAUGGACACCCUGGACAUGCUGUCGCUGUCAUUGUCGGUUACCACCGCCAGCCCCUGUGAGGCCUUCAGCCUUGAUGACGUCUUUCUCCAUCCCUCCUCCUCCCUCUCCUCCUCUUUCACCUCCUCAUCUCUCCUCCCCAAGUCCCUGGACAGUGGCUACGACACAGAGAACAAUGAAAGCCCAGAGUUCAUCCUAAAGGAGGGAGGUGGGAAUGGGGACUUCCUAUUGGACUGCGAAGGAAACCAGCAACAACACCCAGUCCUCGGUGGGAGCCACCUGGCCCGCGGUGGGGUUAGCCAGGGGCCGAGGUCGGACCAGAUGGUUCUUCAGCAGGUGGACCUGGGUGAUGGGGUUGGGGUCACUCUGUGUACCUCUUCCUCCUCUGGCUGCACUGAGAUGCAGCUAAAGGGACUACGUGAUAAGAAUCCGUUCGUGGACUCUGCCUACUUCUCUGACUACGACGCGGAGAACGAGAGGAGUCCCCAGGAUGAAGGGAGUAACUUCUUCUCCAGUCCAGGAGAUAAGAAGGACUUUGUGGGGCACACAGCCUCGAAACAGAGGAUACGGUCGGCGAGGAGAGAGGACGGUUACCGUGACCUGACAGACCUGACAGGAAACACAAACACAAAUGGAGUGGUGGUGUUUGACACUACCACAGGUUCCUCUCCCUCCUCGGCCCCCGGCCCGCGCCUCUCCAUGCUGGCCCCCUUCCCCCCUCAGAUGGGGGGCUGUCUGGCCAAAGAGUCCGCCCCUGACGAUGCUGUAGGCCUGGAGUCUGAGCACAGCGGCGAGGAGCCGGCAUCUGGGUGCAGCUCCACCAUGGUGUCUGAGGGUUCCUCCACAGUGCAGGAGGCUUCAGCCAGACACCCUGACCAGGAGAACCAUCACAGGGCCUCAGAGGAUGACUACUCCCCCAUCCAGUCCCUGGGCUCCGACUCUACCAUAGACUACAGAGAGGAGGUGAUGAAAGAGAAGGAGGAGGACGGGGAGGGAGAGCAGGGAUCGACUGAGGAGGACAUGCCAGAGUUUAAUCAGGUCGACGAGGAUGGAGAGAAUGGAGAGAGAGGAGGAGAAGAGGAGGAGUAUGAGGAGUUAGAGGAGGAGAACGAAGAGGAGGAGGAGAAGGCUGGCUACAGCAGACACCAGAACGGUCCUGUUGGCCUCCUCACCUCAUCUCCCUCGCUCCUCUCCUGCUCCCCCUCACUCCAGGAGCUGUGUCGAGAGGUGGAGAGGCGAGCUCCUCUAACCGAGGGGGAGGAGUCAGACGACAGUGAGUCAGAGGAGGAGCUGCGGAGCUACAACCUGCAGGAGGAGCUGAGCGAGGAGGACAGUGAGGGAGAGGUGAUGGGGGUGCCGGUGGUGGUGAGCGAUAGUAGUGGGGCCAGAAACCUCCGCAGCCUCCUCAAGAUGCCUACGCUCCUCACACAGUCCUUCUGUGACGAGCUGGACAGGAAGAAGAAAGCCGUGUCCUUCUUUGAUGACGUCACCGUCUUCCUGUUCGACCAGGAGAGCCCCACAGGAGAGCUGGCUGACUUCACGUUUCCCCCAGGAGCAGAGUCCAGCGGCCAGGCCUCAGGCGGGGAGAACCCCCAACCGGACCUCCAGCCCCACCCCACCAUGGGCCACCACCACCACCACCCCACCAUGGGCCACCACCUCCACCCCCCGGGCAGGGCACCACACGCCUCAGAGGACUCUGAUGGCAACAUGUCAGAAGAAGGUGGUGGGUUUGAGUGGGAGGAUGACAUCCCAUUGAUGACCAGCCCGUUGUCCAGCCCGUCUACAGCUGAGCCACCGGUCUCCGAUCCCAUCCCGGUCCCUGCUGCCAAGCCUCCCGAGGACAAGCCUCCCGAGGACAAGCCGGUAGCAGUAACAGCAGCAUCACAGUUCUCCCGCUUCAGCGUGUCCCGCUCCCGCUUCUCCAUCACACACGUCCCCAAUCCAGACAUGAACUCUGGAGGGAGCAGUGAAGAUGGAGAGAGGCAGUGAAAGAAGGAUUGAAGGGGUCUUCUCCAUGACAGGAAGGAGUAUACCUCCUCUCCUAGUACGACUACCAGGUGUUCAGACCUGGGAUCUCAAGAACCUGAUGACCCUGUAUGAGCCAAUGCCUUGUAUCGUAGUGACACAACAUCUACAUUCCAAAUGACAGCCUAGUCCCUAUGUGCCCUGGUCAACAAUAGUGGAAAACAUAGGGAACAGGGUGCCAUUUGGGAUGCAGACAAACACCUUAAAUGGUUCCUUCUCUAACUUUGUAUUAUUACUCCAGAGAGAGACAGAGAGAUAGCUGUAGGAAUGAUGACAGAGUCCCGAGAGGACCACAACCAAGCCGUAUGUGACUGAUAAUAUAGAUAGAUGUCUUAGAGAUAUAUAACAUCUACACUUAUGACAAUUAUUAAUAACUUCUUUGCUCAAAUCACCAUUGACGUUCAGUAGCGUCAAGUCAUUUGGGAAAAGGGAAAAAGAGACAAAAAAAAAAUGAAAAAAAUGACAGACUUGGUCUCAUUGCUGCUCUCUCAUUGGCUGCUUUGGUCCUCCAUCUGCUUGCUCAUCGGCUGGUUGGAUCUUCUAGAACAGUGUUACAGUGCUUCCCUGGAGCCAUUGAAUAAUGGCUGAUGACCGCCCCACAGGAAGCUGCUCUCUGUGGGGGUUCAAAGAUGAAGACAACCCCCCCUUUACAAAUGACAGAGGAAUAGGGGUGGGGGUACUGCGGAACUUACUGUGCCCCCUUGACAAAGCCACAGGAAGGUGGACGGUCUUGCUGAUGUUUUAGUUCAGGGAUAAUUUUUUUUUAUAAUUAUGAUGUUAUACCAUAGCAUUGAAUAUGUGUUUCUGAUUGGCUUGAAGGGCAUUCUAGAGCGUGCAUUAUUUCCGUAUAACUCACGGUAUAUUUGCACGAUAGAAAGGUUCGUUAUUACAUAUUAUAUGUUUGAGUUGCUUUUGAAAGCAAAAGUUCAAUUGAAAACAUUAUUGGCAUGUCGAGCUAGGACUGAUGGCUUGGUUCGCUAAACUAGCAAGUCUGUUUGUUUGGUUACCAAGGCAACCCCUGUCGCUGUCUAGUAAACUUGCUAGCUACUUCAGUGGAUGUUAAACACAUUUCUACUGGCAAAUUAACACAUUUCUAGCAGCAAAUGUGUUCAAUUAUAGCCCUGGUAUAAAAGGGAUAAUCAACUUGGGGCUCUAUGCAUACUGGAAAAGUGGAAAGUCAGCUGGAACACACCUUCCACAUCGUUCAUUAUUCUCCAUAGAACGCAUAGUCUCUGGUUGAUUAUCCCUUACAUAACAGAUCAUUAGAGCCAGAGCCCUGUUGAAAUCUAUGUAUGUUAUAAUAUAUAUGGCUCUGCUUACAACUUGGUAACACUGGUAUGUGUCAGUUUCACAGUUCUUUGUAACGUUAGUUACUCCUCCUCUUACAAAGAAAGGUUGCCGUUUUGAAACUGCAGUAAAAGUGCAGUAACUGCAGUCAACUGUGGUAUUUUGGAUGCAGUACUUACAGAAUAACUGCAGUGUACUGCAGUUGAACCUCAGUUAUACUGCAGUUGAACCUCAGUUAUAGGUUCAGUUUGCUGUCUUUGCAGCAAACUGCAGUUAUACUGCACUCUAAUGGCAAUCUUUUUUGGUAAGGGUCCUCUCUCUCUCUGAUCAAUGAAGUCCUCCACAUCUGUUCAACAUGCACUUCCUCUAUUAGAAUUAUUAGGCCAGUUGAGUUGCUCUAAAGUAGAUGUAUUUAGGCUUUGAAGCCGUGAAAAUUGGAACACAUUUUUUUUGUACUGAACAAAACCUGAUAAGAGUGCCAUUUCAGCCGAGCGUUGUAGGAGCCUGUUAGUAGCACCACCUAUAGAUCAAUGUUGAAAAUACAUCUACUGUACCUGCAUUUACGUUUCAGGUCACCCCUGUGUUGGGUCUACAUUACUGAAAUAUAAGGCGGAGAACACUGUUUGUCAUGUUAAUGUAGUGGAUCUGUUACAGCAUAGAUCCAUGAGGGUCAUGUUCCUUAGGUAUGAAUAGGGGGGGAAAGUACUGAAAUGAGGGUGAAACUAUCUGGACUUAAAAUUAUAUAUAUAUAUUUAACUAGGCAAGUCAGUUAAGAACAAAUUCUUAUUUACAAUGAAAGCCUACCGAGGAACUACCUCGUUCAGGGACAGAAUGACAGAUUUGACCUUAUCAGUUCGGGGAUUCGAUCCAGCAACCUUUCGGUUACUGGCUCUAACCACUAGGCUACCUGCUGCCCACUUGUCCGACUUGUCCAAUAAGACACGCUCAUUAACGUUUUUCAUUGCAAAACCUUUUCCGUUAAGUGCCCUAAUGAACGUGACCCAGGAUCCCUGUUUGUGUCUGUCCCUGGAAACUCAAGGGUCAGUUGGUAACAAAACAUUAUUAGUGUAUUAUAAUGCAUUAUAAAGGACGCUAUAAAGCAUUAUACAUUACUGUCUAGCCCAUGUAAUGAUUCAUACAGUAGCUUUGCUCACGUUUCAUUUAACCAGCGAUACAGUGAGUGGAAUGUGACGGAGGGAGAGAAAAGAGGGAUGAAUAGAAGAAAGAGAUUUGCAUCCUAAAAUGGCACCCUAUUCCCUUUAUAGUGCACUACUUUUGACCAGGACCCAAUGGGCCCUUUAUAGUAGACUACUUUUGACCAGGGCCCAUAGAGCAUUUGGGACGCCACCCAGGUGAAGCCACAGCCAAACUGGUUUGGUCAUAAUAUCUCUUCUGGACGGUUUUCCUGGACACAGAUGAAUCGUAGUCCUGGACUAACAAACACUUUCAAUAGAGAAUCACCAUUAAAAUAGGUUUUGAGACCAGGACUUAUUCUGUGUCUGGGAAACCAGCCCUGUAUGUUUAAAUGCAAGAGCGACUUUCAAUUCAACUACAUGUCUAUACUAUAUCUGUCAUGAAGCUGUGAUUGUCACCGGUCUACCUACACCAUCUAAUGCAGGUCUAUUUUAUUACAUGUAAGAGAUGGUUAUCUGUACAGGUGUUCAAGGUGUACAGACAUUGCAACAGGACGGUUACAGAUUGACACAUCUCACAUAAUAAUGUAUGAAUGUUAUCAACAUGUUUCAAGAUCAUUUGACUUGGUUUUACUACUGCUGUACCCUCUCCUCUCCUUCCGGGGCCAUGUAUCAAGCGUCUCAAAGCAGGAGUGCUGACUUAGGAUCAGUUUGGCCUUUUAGAUCGCAAUAAAUAAGAUCACACAGGCAGGACCUGAUCCUAGAUCAGUACUCAUUCUCUAAGACAUUUGAUACAUACACUGCCCUGAUUCUCCUGAGUCACUAAAAGGGCCAACUCUAUUUUUUCUCUCUCUCUGCCUGCCUUUUAAGUUUUUCACAUUUUGCAAGAAGAGAAACUUUUCCCCUAGUAUUUCUUAUCUACCAAUAUGAGUAUGUUUCUGAAAUGGCAUCAUAUUCUCUGUAUAGUGCUCUAAGAAAAAUACUCAUAUUUGUGCACUUAUAUAGGGAAUAUGGGCCAUUUCAGUCACAACUUUAAAACCUCUAUGGGAUCGGUGUCCCUACAAUGGAACGAUUCAGCUAAUGUGAUUAGCAUGACAUUUGAAGUAACAGGAAGAUUUCCCAGGACAUAGACAUAUCUGAUAUGGCCAGAAAGCUGAAAUUCCUGUUAAUCUAACUGCACUGUCCAAUUUACAGUAACAGUGAAAGAAUACCAUGCUAUUCUUUGAGGAGAGUGCACAGUUUUGUACUUGAAAAUGUAUCAAUAAACCAAUUAGACACAUUUGGGCAGACUUGAUACAACAUUUUGAACAGUAAUGCAAUGGUUUAUUGGAUCAGUCUAGAACUUUGCACAUACCCUGCUGCCAUCGUAUUUCAGACACCACUUUAAAGUAAUCCACUGCAGCCAGAUUGUGGAGUUACUCACCCGCUCCUCUUCGCUCUCUGUGGAGCAUAAGUCCUCAACCAGUCCAAAUAGUGGCGGUGCGUAAACAUUGCACUUACCACAAAUUCCUUGUUUUCCCUGUGUUUGCCGUAUUGUACAUUGCUUUUGUCAUUAGCACAAUAUACAUGAUCCCGAUUUUAGCUUCAAGGUGGUGGCCAUUUUGAAAAUCCUAAAAGGUCCUAAAAGCUGAUUUAAUGGCACACUAAAACAUGUCGGGCGCCAUAGUUUUGAAACACAGUAGAUAGUGCUAAAACAAUUAUGCCAUAUCUGAAUUCUGCCAUCUUUAUGCACGUUGGCCAUUUGCCAAAGAGAAAGGACAACAAUAACCAAUGGCUAAGCUAAAUAGACAAUUGAUAUUAGUUGAGAGUUGAGUAGGUGAGAUGGGUUGGUCCGUACACCAGUAGUAACACCAUCAUGGACCCCAGGAAGAGUAGCUGCUGCUUUUGCAACAGCUAAUGGGGAUUCUAAUCAAAUACCAAAUACUAAAUCAUCAUCACUCUAUAGAUCCAUUCUAGCCUGGUCCCAGAUCUGCUCUUUCCAACUCAUUGUCAAGCCAAACAUUUGACAUAGCAAUUCCACAAGGUGUUGGUAAGAGAGCAGAAAGCAACUGGCAUCCAGGCUAGUUCCAUUCCUCAAGACCUAUGUCUCAGUUUCAUGGCUGUCGUGCUAAAGUAGAAUUCAAGACAAAUAAAUCAAGACAGUUUUUUUUCCCCUCU